AGGACCGUACCUACGUGUGCGACUUGUUGGUACCAAACUACGUAAGCUAGCACGCUGCUAACAGUAGUCGGCUUGCAAGGUUCUCAUACGAGUUUAUGUUAUUUUGGCCUUUUAAUUGGUUUGAAAUUAACGCAUUGCUUAAUUUGUCAUUUUAAGACUCAACAUAUGGCCAAACAACGUGUACAUUGUAUCUAGUUACUUGUUAGCUAUCUACUACUUAGUCAACUUUGCUGGCUAGCUCGCUAGUGACUGUGCUGUGGCUUUUUGGUUGUUAGCUAGACCAGCUUGGAAUAAUGCCCAUGUGAUGGCUGUGCAGGCUAUGCUUCAAGAUCGAAUCAGGGUGGCCAAGGAGCUGCUGGGGCGAGUGGAUCUUCUAUGUGACCGUCAGUCACAAGAUGUAGAAGGAAGAGCUAAACUUUGCAGCAAGCUGCGUGCAGAACUCCGGUUUCUCUCCAAGGUGGAUGCUGGUAAGGUUUCGAUCAAAGAAUCCCAUCUCCAGAGCACCAAUCUUACUCAUCUCAAAGCUAUAGUUGAGUCAGCUGAAAGCCUGGAAGGGGUGAUUAGUGUUCUUCAUGUCUUUGCUUAUGAGGACUCUGAUGGCGUAAAGCAGUCACUGGUGGUUGAUGUCGUUGCUAAUGGUGGGCAUACCUGGGUUAAAGCCAUUGGGCGCAAAGCAGAGGCCCUGCAUAAUAUAUGGCAGGGGCGAGGACAGUAUGGGGACAAGAGUGUGGUGCAUCAAGCCGAGGACUUUAUCCAGGCCAGCGAUCAGCAGCCCGUCCAGUACAGCAAUCCACACAUUAUCUUUGCUUUCUAUAAUGGCGUCUCCUGCCCUAUGGCAGAUCGUCUGCGAGAAAUGGGCAUUUCUGUGCGUGGCGACAUUGUUGCAGUGAACUCCGUAGUGACUGAAGAUGAUGGGGAGAUGGAUGAUGCUGAUGAUCAAGGAGCUGAGAGCGAAGUUGUUGAGGACAAAGAGCAUUUUGAUGAAGGAGGUGACUCGACGUAUGAAGAUGACAAUGGCGAACUGUGUAUGGAGCACACUAGAGUAGACAGGGACACCAUUGUAGCUAGCUUAGCCUUCCCGACAGAGGUGAAAGUGGAUGUGUGUAAACGGGCCAACCUAGAUAUCACUACACUCAUCACCUACGUGUCUUCACUCAGCCAUGGCAGCUGCCACUUUACCUUCAAGGAGCAGGUGCUAACAGAGCAGGCAGCACAGGAGCGUCGGGAGAAGGUGCUGCCUUGUCUGGAGGAGUUCAUGCAGGACAAGGAGCUGUAUGCCUGCCAAUCUGCUGUUCAGGACUUCCGGGUCAUCCUUGAAACACUGGGUGGGCCUGGGGAGAAGGCCCGUGCAGAGAAACUCCUAGCCCGGCUCCAUGUGGUGCCUGACCAGCCCUCAGAUCGCACCCAGCGACUGACAACCAGCUCCAAAGUAAACCACCGCUCACUCAUGAUUUUUGGCACAGGAGACUCCUUGCAAGCUGUCACCAUGACAGCUAACAGCGGUUUUGUGAGAGCGGCAGCCAAUCAGGGUGUACGUUACAGUGUCUUUAUUCACCAACCCAGAGCACUUACAGAGGGUAAGGAAUGGAGGGCCACACCGGUAUGAAACAAAGUGACCGGAAUCAUUAUUGUAGCCUACAAUUUGUGGCUGUCCAUAAACCACAAACCAAGCUGGUUGGGUUCAAGAUGGGAUUGCUAAUUAUUUAAAUUAAAUGGCGUGCUUGCUUGGACAUGGCUUGUCAGAACAGAGUAUUCUGAGAACAAUUAUUGUAUUUUUGCUUACGUUACACAUCUGUGGGAUAAAUAUGUGGAUCUUAAGGAACCAAGAAGAGGAUAAAGAUGGCUGCAAGGAGAGACUAUGAAUUUACUUGUUCAUUUUGGUGAGGAUUUGGUCUGUCAAGAGAAGAAGCCCAAGUUCAGAGCUCCAGCUUUGUAGAGUAAACACUGGACCACUCGGAGGCAGACAAAGCUUUUUUGUCAGGAAUCUUAUGCAAGGAUUAUACCGGCUAUCGCAGUGCUUUUUUGAUUCAAUGUAUUUUUGUUUAAAUAAUUUACUACAAUGUAAAAGUAAUUUGUGCAACAAUUGCAAACUUCAGCAGAACUCUAAGAUUACUAACGCAUUUUGUUUGUUAUUUAGAAUGGGGUUUUUAAAUACAUCCGAUUUGGGUAUAUAUUAGCUUGGCUGUUGACGCCGGACAGUUAUUGCUUGGUAAAUUAUUCUGCUUUGAAAAAUGUGCUGCUGAUAAAAUUCUAAACUCUGUAUUGAAAGUCUAAGUAAGAUGCAAAUAAAGCAUCUUCAAAAACGUAUUUUAAUACAUUUAUUUAAUGUUCAGAAUUGUAUAUGUAUAUAUAUUAUAUAAUAUUCUAGUGGCAUGCCAUAUAUUGCAUCUUGUGACAGUCUUGUUCGUUCUCAGUUAACAAGUAGGGUCAAUUUAUGACAACUUAAAUUUCAAGAGUAAGUGAAAGGUCUGGUGUAAGGUUGUUGCUAAACGUGACAUUGUCAAGCUGUUCUGUGAAGGGAUAUUCAGUUUAUUGGCAAUUUUUAACAAGUAUUGGCCUUAAUUUCUCAGAACAAAAAUUGAUUGACGAGUUUUAGAAGAAAGUUCUUUGUUUCUGGCCACAAACCCUCAAUUGCUGAUGCCCCAGAUACUGAACUAAGGAUUAAAAUGUUAUUGCAGCUUUAAUCAAAAGUUUUCUGCAGUGCAAACAAUGGCAAAAUAGUUUUCUCAUGAUUAAUAUUCUAUUGGAAUCUUGUUAAGUUGCCCAUGUUUUAUUUUAAAAAUUCCAAAAUGCAACACAAAAAUAGCUAAUAUAAUUUUGUAGUCAUUGAUGGAAAAAAAUAUACAAACUGUAUACUGUCCUUCCUGACUGCUGAUGCAUUUAACUAACAUAACUGGGAUUAUAAUUUACCAUAAUCACAAAAUUACAUUAUAAUUUUUAUAUAAUUAUUAUUGUUCAUUAUUUUAGACAUUUACAAGCUGAAGGGGAGAAAAGCAGGACAAUUCAAUACACAAUUUUUAUUUUCCAAUAUUCUCUUCGUCAUAGCUUUUAAUUAUAGACAAUUGUUUAAAAAAAACUUUGUGAUUAAAAAAUAUACACAUUUGACUUUAAGAUGCAGAACAUUUGCACUAAUAUCUUUAAUGAAACACAGAAAUAAAUCCUACAAUUCAUUUCCCAAUGUUUUUCCAUCAUUAAACGGUAUCCUUGUGAUAUAUGAAGAGCAAUUGAGGGCCGUAUUCAAAGUGAAAGGGACUCCUCACCCAUUUUAACAUUCUCCUGCCCAUGGCUUACCUGGCCAGAUGCUCAAAGGUAGAGAUUUCUCAUUUUAAAAAGCUGUUUUUAAUUUCUAGCUUUCUCAUUGAUAUAAAAAAUGGCUAGUGUAGAAGAUUCAGGAUAGAUAAUCUGGUGUUAAGAAAUUUCACAUUUAGAUUUACAAACACAGUGGACAGUGAGUGACCUGGAGAGGGGACAUUUCAAUAUCUAUGACUAUAGAAUGCAGGACGUAACGCAUCUACAUUAAUGUAUACUGAAGUGCAACCACACAUUUUUGCAUUUGUUGUAAGUGAUAAAAUGGCUCUUCACAGGGUUUGAAUAAAGCCGAAAUCCGUUAAUUUGUACUGUAGUCUGCUUUGUAAUAUAAACAGAGGAUUUCCCUCAUACACCAUAAAUCCCAUAAAGGAUGCUGUUAA